GGGACGGGGCGCGGGGCGCGGGGCGGGGGUCCCGCCGCGCAGAGCGGACGACGCAGCGGCGCUGCGAGCGGCUGCGGGACGCGGCGCUUCUCGCGCCCAGCGGAAAAUUUCAAAAAUGUUUCAAAUUCCUGUGGAAAAUCUUGACAACAUCAGAAAAGUGCGGAAAAGGGUGAAAGGCAUUCUUAUGAGUAUUGGACUUGACAGCUGCCAGGAGUUUCUGAAGGACCUUAAAGGCUUUGAUCCAGGAGAGAAGUACUUUUAUAACACAUCGUGGGGAGAUGUUUCUCUCUGGGAACCUUCUGGAAAGAAAGUGAGAUACCGAACAAAGCCAUACUGUUGUAGUCUCUGCAAAUACUCAACAAAAGUGCUUACUUCACUCAAAAAUCAUUUACAUCGUUAUCAUGAAGAUGAAGCUGACCAGGAGCUGGUGAUCCCCUGUCCCAACUGUGCAUUUGCCUCACAGCCCAAGGUGGUGGGAAAGCACUUCAGAAUGUUCCACGCCCCUGUUCGGAAAGUCCAGAACUACACAGUGAAUAUUUUAGGUGAGACUAAAUCUUCUAGGAGUGAUGUGAUCAGUUUCACAUGUUUGAAAUGUAACUUUUCAAAUACUUUGUACUAUAGCAUGAAGAAGCAUGUGCUGGUGGCCCAUUUCCACUACUUAAUUAACUCCUACUUUGGGCUGCGAACUGAGGAAAUGGGGGAGCAGCUGAAAGCCAAUGAUGUGCUUCCUGUGGACAAGGUGCCCACAUCUGACAGAUAUUACUGUAAAAAAUGCAACGCCAAUGCCAGCAGCCAGGACGCUUUAAUGUAUCAUAUCUUGACAUCAGAUGUGCACAGGGACUUGGAGAAUAAGCUUAGGUCUGUGAUUUCAGAACACAUUAAGAGAACCGGACUUUUGAAACAAAUGCAUAUUGCUCCAAAACCAGUGGCCCGAUUGGCCAUACCUCCAAACACCAGUGCUGCGGGCAUUGCAACCCCUCCUCCUUGCUUUCAUCUUGCUUUGCCACAGAACAGUCAGAGCUCAUCUGUGGUACAGCCAGUGGUGCCAGGCACGUCCGGGACCCUUACCCAUUCUUCAUCUGCUGUUGCCCAGUCACAUGUGGCUCUAGUCUCCAGUCCUUUGCCUGUGUGCCAGAGCAGCCUCACCCUGCAGCCCUCAGCUCCUCAGCCUGUCUUUCUCUCUCACAGGCUCCCACUUAAUCAGCCUGUGAAUCCUACUGUGCUGCCCCUGAGUCAGCCAGGUGGGCCUACAAAUAAGUCUGUUGGAACAAGUGUCCUCCCCAUGAAUCAAGCUGUCCGGCCUGGAGUGUUACCCCUUACCCAGCCUGGGGGGCCCAUAAGCCGACCUGUUAGGCCUGGUAUCCUGCCUGCCAGUCCCUCUGUCACCCCUGGGGUUCUGCAGGCUGUCUCACCAAGUGUGAUUUCUGUGGGUCGGGCGGCCCCAUCAGGGGUCCUCCCUGCAGGCCAGAUAACCCCUGCUGGGGUUAUUCCUGGACAGACAGCAACUUCUGGGGUCCUCCCAGCUGGCCAGGUAGUCCAGUCAGGGGUUCUCCCUGUUGGUCAGACGGCCCCCUCUCGAGUUCUCCCGCCUGGCCAGACAGUGCCCUUAAGGGUUCUCCCUGCAAACCAGGUGGUCCCAUCUGGACUGCUUUCUCCUAACCAGACAAUGCCCUCAGGAGUCGUCCCUGUGAACCAGGGUGUGAAUUCUGGUGUUCUGCAGCUCAGCCAGCCUGUUGCAUCAGGAGUCCUUCCUGUAGGCCCACCAGUGAGGCCUGGUGUGUUACAACUCAGUCAUUCUGUCAGCACCAGCAUCCUGCCUGUGAGUCAGCCGGUAAGAGCAGGAACGUCACAGAACACCGCCUUCCUCACGUCAGGCUCUAUUCUCAGGCAACUCAUCCCUACUGGGAAACAGGUGAAUGGGAUCCCCACCUACACACUAGCUCCUGUGUCUGUGACCUUGCCUGUACCCCCUGUUGGUGGUGUUGCAACUGUCACCCCACCCCAGGUGCCUGUCCAGCUCCUGCCAUCCGGUGCAGGUGGGCAGAUGGCUAGUUCUCUGCCCAGCCUGCCCUCCCCACAGGUGCUAGUGAGUGCUGCCCAGAGUGUGUUUGUUCAGGCCACCUCACCUGUGGUGGACACAAAUCAGGUGCUCAAACAGGCCAAGCAGUGGAAAACCUGCCGUGUUUGCAAUGAGCUCUUCCCAUCUAAUGUCUACCAGGUUCAUAUGGAAGUGGCUCACAAGAAUAGUGAGUCCAAGCUCUGCCGGGUUUGCAAUGAACUCUUCCCCUCCAACGUCUAUCAGGUUCACAUGGAAGUGGCUCACAAGCACAGUGAGUCGAAGUCCAGUGAGAAACUUGAACCUGAAAAGCUGGCAGCCUGUGCACCUUUUCUGAAGUGGAUGAGGGAGAAAACUGUCCGCUGCCUCUCCUGCAAGUGCUUGGUCUCAGAGGAAGAGCUGAUGCACCACUUGCUCAUGCAUGGCUUGGGGUGCUUGUUCUGUCCAUGUACUUUCCAUGACAUUCGGGGUCUCUUGGAGCACAGCAGAGCUAAGCACCUUGGGAAAAAGAGGCUGCCUAUGGAUUAUAGUAACAGGGGUUUCCAGUUGGACCUUGAUGCUAAUGGCAACCUGCUGUUCCCCCAUCUUGAUUUUGUCACUAUAUUGCCAAGGGAGAAGCUUGGGGAGCGUGAGGUUUACCUGGCCAUCCUUGCUGGGAUCCACUCCAAGUCAUUGGUGCCUGUGUAUAUUAAGGUGAGGCCUCAGCCAGAGAGCGUAUCCAACAAUCCCAGCAAACAGAAGCUGACCUGCCCUUUCUGUUUUGGCACCUUCGUGACAGCUGAUGCCUAUGAGCUACACCUGAAGGAGAGGCACCAUGUCAUGCCGACAGUCCACACAAUGCUCAGGUCUCCAGCCUUCAAGUGCAUCCACUGCUGUGGGGUCUACACUGGAAACAUGACCCUGGCCGCCAUUGCUGUUCAUUUGCUGCGUUGUAGAAGUGCUCCCAAGGAUAGCAGCUCAGACCUGCAAGUCCAGCCAGAUUUUAUUGAGAGCAGCGAUUUGGUAUUAGUCAAUGGGGAAGUGAUUCCUGAUUCUACCUUUCCUAUAAAGAGAAAGCUGCCAGAUGGCCAUUUGGGGACAGAAGACCAAAGGGGUGGGGAGGAAUCACCACUUGUUGUAAAUUCGGAGGCAGCCCCAGGUCUGGAGAAAGGGACAAGUGCUGUGCCUUUGAAGAGACAAAGGAAUGAAAGUAGGACAGAGGGACUGCUGGUUAAUGAUGAUGCACUCCAGGUUUUAGUAUUAGAUCCUAAAAAAUAUGAAGGCCGUUCAUAUGAGGAUAAAAAGCAGUUUCUUAGAGAUUAUUUCCAUAAGAGACCAUAUCCUAGUAGAAAAGAAAUAGAACUACUGUCUUCACUGUUAUGGGUGUGGAAAAUUGAUGUGGCUUCAUUUUUUGGAAAAAGAAGAUAUAUUUGCAUGAAAGCAAUAAAAAACCACAAGCCCUCUGUACUUCUAGGCUUUGAUAUGUCUGAACUUAAAAAUGUUAAACACAGAUUGAACUUCGAGUAUGGACCAGAAAACUUGUAAGUCUGUAGUGCUAGGCGAUAGUUUUCAACUGAGGUUUUAAAGAUGUUCUCCCUCGCUGUGUUAAGUUGUCAGUGUCAGUGUCUUUAUGCUGCUCUACAGGAGUUUCAGGUGCUCAGAAGGACUUCUGUCAAGGCAGUGAAUAGUUCUUCAGAUUUAUUGUUUCUUGCAGUUUGAUUUGUAAUUGUUAUUCCCCUGUCAUGUAAAUUACAUCUUUUGGUAUUCCAUGCACGCCUUUUUUUCUCACUAGUGUCACUAUCAAAUGAUAAAAAACUGAAAUUACAAAUACUUGUUCUUUUAAUUUUAGGAAAUUUCAGCUUGUUUGAGAAUACUUGAUUAGUAGAAAAUUAAAGUAUUGCUCUUCCUUAGCUUUACAGGUAGUAGCUAAUGACACAUACAUGUUUAGAGAUACAAGUACAGUCCUGUGAUGUGUAUGGCUCCCUAAGGACACACUGCAUUAACUCUUGCUGAUUGUUGUUUGCGAGCUGUUUGCUUAUGAAAUUAUAAUUUUGGUUUAUACUUUUUCAGUUUUGUCCUGAUACCUUUUUCAAAAAACAUCGUAACUCAUAGGAAACCAGAUAUUUUCAUUUAUUAAAAAUAUCCUGAGUCAGAGGUCUGGUGUGCAGCUCAUAAUCACGUUAUUUUAUAAAUAAAGUCAUUACAGGAGCAGAAAUAGUUUCCAUCAUACUUUCCCUUUUGAUACAGUGACAAGUUAUUUCUCCAUUCAAAGGUAAGACAGUGAAUCUAUAGUGCCUUUAGAAUACACAUUGAGAAAACACACCUAGAACUCUUCUCCUAGCCUGAACUGCUUAUAAACUAGUUGAUGGGAAGGACUAUGAUACUCAGGAAUGAAAUCUCUACCCAUAUGUGUGGACACUAGCUGAAAAGGAACACAGAUUUCAAGCAUAAGGUGAAAUCAGUAGACAAGAACUCAGUCUUCAUGGUUGAGAUUGCCAGGGGUAGACGUAUUAGAACAGGGGAAAUGGGUUUUCCUUUGGCCUAGUUGUCCAAGUGAAUGAGAUGUGUGAUUGCUGAAGAAUUUCUAUUAUAUCACUGUUCUGUGGAUGUCAGGCCUCAUUUUUUCCAUACAAUAUAAAAUAAAGCACCAGAACCAGUAAUGUAGAAGUCAGUUUAGAUCCUCAGUUGUACUGCUGGUGAUAGAUGAUGCAACGAGGAGCCUGUCCAGCUUGUUUUCAGGUAGAAGUAUCUGGAACAUGUGACAGCCUCUGCAAAAUAGUACAGUGUUGCUAUAUGGAGUUUAAAAAAAUUAACGCUUGCAUGUAAUUGCUGUAAUGUGCAUUUUUGAGGCAGUUGUGAAACUGGUCUGUGACUGUUGGUGUACUCUGUUAUAAAUUCAGAGAGAGCUUGUUGGACUUUAUUUUUUUUUUAACCUGUUGUUUUCAGAGUGUCUAUUUUGAAUUAAAAUUUGUUACAUCACUGCAAAUAGAAUUGCUUACUUCUUUUAACAUUGAAGCAUUACUAUAAGGCAGGCAUGUAGUGUAUGCCUAUAGUCCCAGCUACUUGGAAGGCUGAGAAAAGAGAAUUACUUAAGUCCAGGUGUUUGAGGCCAGCCUAGGCAACAUAGCAAGACCCUGUCUCAAAAAUAAAAAUAUGACUCUUGGGAAUAAUGUAAACAUGGACAUAUAUAUUACAUUUAUUCUCUAAAGAACAUUACUUACAAGCCAGGAAUGGUGCUGCACGCCUGUAGUCUCAGCACUCUGGGAGGCUGAGGCAGGAAGAUUCCAAGUUCAAGCUCAGCUUGGGCAACUUGGCAACUUAAUGAGACCCUGUUUGAAAAUAAAAAGUAAAAAGGCUGAGGAUAUAGUUCAGUGUGAUGGUUCCUGGGUUCUAGCCCAAGUAAUGCCAAUAAAAGGUUGUGUGUGUGUGUGUGUGUGUGUGUGUGUGUGUGUGUGUGUGUGUGUAUGUGUAUGUGUUAGGUUUAGGUUUAGGUUUACUUGUCAUGAUGUAGAAAUAAUUACCAGAAUCACAAAAUAGCAAAAAGGAUUGUUUUGGUUCAUGGUUUUGGAGGUCCAGCCCUGAAGACCCGAUCUGGUGAUAGCUUUUUUUUCUUUUUGGUAGUGGGGAUCGAACUUGGGACCUUGCACUUUUGAGGCAGGCGGCGGAACCACUGAGCUAAAUCCCUGGCCCUGUUGAUAGCUUUCUUGCUGGCAGAGUCCUGAGGUAGUGCAUGGCAUUUCAUAGUGAGACAGGGAGUGUAUGUGGGUGUGUAUGUGUGUAUCUGUCCUGGUUUUCCAAUAAAGCCACCAGGAUUCAGUCAACAAGUUUGCCUUGAUAACUGUAAUCCUGAUUACCUCCCAAAAGGUCUCACCUCUAACCACCAUAGUAAGAUUCAGUUUCUGCCUUCCUAAUGCCUCACCCUUGGGCACUCAUGACUAUAGCAUGACUAGAGAUUCCUGAUGUUUCUAUAAUUGUAGCCCCAGAGUGCCAAGGAAGAUACACAACUGGGUUAUUGGUGUUGUGAAGUUUGUUCUUACUGUGACUGUGCUCAGUGCUAGUGAGGCGGCCAAGUUUGUGGUGCUGGUAAGGGGCAGCCAACUGCCCGGUGGGGUUUAAUCCUUGCCUGUCUUUUGUUAUGUGUGUUAGAUUUUCUCAGCUGCACACUACUUUUCAGAUAGUUCUUUAUGGUGACUAUCCUCCCCACUGUAGGACACUGAGCAGCAUUCCUAGCCUUCACCUGGCAGAGCCUAGUAGCACAGUAUAUUCUCACUGAGUUAUCACUAAAAAUGUCACUUCCAAGUGGUCCUUAGCGAGGAAUAAAGUCCUAAGGAGAACGAAUGCUACAAAGGUCAUCUGCUUGCUGAUUUUAUUUUUGUUGUUGUACACCUUGAUGCCAAAUGUUUUAAUGUUAUGGUAGUUUCUGGUUACUUAAAGAGUUUUUAGUGCUACAGAUCAAAAUUUGAUAAAAGCUGAGCUUUGAAAAGAGUAUGUGGGUGUUUUUGUCAGUGUAAAUAUGUGAACUUUUUAUUGAAAAUGGAAAAACAAGCUCAGAUUAAUGGUUUAUAAGGGCUUACUAGUAAGUAAACAUUAAGCACUUAAUAUUGGCUAGGAAAUGGGCUGAAUAAUAAUAAUAAUUUCCAUCCUUGGUGCUUACCCUGUGUUCUGCACUGUCUCAGCAUGUUCUACCCUUUUUUUUUGGUGCUGGGGAUUGAAUUUAGGUCCUUGCGCCUGCAAAGCAGGCGGCGGAACCACUGAGCUAAAUCCCCAGCCCAAGAUUCAAGUUUCUUAAUGAAGGCCUGGUAGGCAGGUGGGUGAAAAGGGAGUGAGUUUUUUUAAAUUUUGUUUUUGGUACUGGGGAUCGAACUCGGGUCCUUGCCUUUCAAGGCAGGUAUGGUGCCGCUGAGCUAAAUCCCCUGCCCAUGGAGUGAAGGUUCUUAUCGUAUUGAUUCUGAGGGUGGCACUCUGGCUGUGUCUAAUUUACAUGUUAGAAAUUGAUAAUGUUACUCAAGAACUCCGUGUUGCAGUUACGGUGGCUCAUUUCCAGGCCACUGUUUACUGCUGCUGUUCCAGCUUUGUUCAUAAGGGUGAUAGUGACCAUCUUUGUUUACUAAGCUGUUAAUUUAGAAGUGAGGUGUUUGGGGUAUAGCUCAAUGGUGGAGCAUUUGAUUAGCAUGCACAAAGCCUUGGUUUUGAUUCUCAGCACUGCAAAUAAAUAAGUAGAAGUGGGUAGAACACACAGCUAUCAAUACAAAUAUUGCAGUUUCUCUGUCCAUAAAUGUAAUAUUUCAUGUCUAACUGGUCAGAUGACUAAAGGUCAAAGUUGAGAUACUAAUGGGCUGGUGGUGUGUAGCUCAGUGGUAGAAUAUUUACCUAACAUGUAUAAAGACCUGUGUUAAAUCUCCAACACUGGACGAACCCCCUCCCCAAAAUAAAAGUUGAGAUACUAAAAA